AUGGAUGGUCCGAUUCCAACUUUAUCCGAGCUGGAACAACAGGCGACGAUUGAAGGCUCAAAGUUACAAGAAAUAAUUGAUGGUUUUUUAGAAUCUUACCAAUAUGGGCUUACCCAAGACCUAUCCACAAUGAUACCAUCCUAUGUUUCGCGUCUUCCAACCGGUAAAGAGACUGGCACAUAUUUUGCUUUGGAUCUGGGGGGUACAAAUUUACGUGUCGCGGCGGUAACUUUAUUAGGAGAUGGUAAGACCGAGGUUGAGCAGAAAACGUACGUAAUCCCGACGGAAUUAAAAGUCGGACCAGUUGAAAAUUUAUUUGAUUGGGUCGGAUUGGGAGUUAAAGAAUUACAUGAUACAAUCUUUUCAAAGGGCAUUGAUACUAGUAAGAACGAGAUGUCCAUGGGUGUGACAUUUAGUUUUCCAAUAAAACAAACAGCCAUUAACCGUGGAGUGGUUAUGAAAAUGGGCAAAUCGUUCGAUAUCACAGGAUUGGAGGAUCGUGAUGUUGUGGAGCUAUUACAAGAAGCUUGUAAGCGAAAGGACAUUGAUGUUCGCAUCACUGCCAUUGUAAAUGACUGUGUUGGCGUUCUUGUUGCCGGUGCUUAUAAAGAUCAAAAUACCAUCAUGUCCGCAGUUAUAGGGACAGGUACUAAUGCCGCGUGUAUUUGCCAAACCUCGGCAAUCAAAAAAACGGAGAUUCCAAAUAAUUCAGCUGAAUACAUGAUUAUUAAUACUGAGUGGAGCAUAAUGGGUACCACCUUUUUACCCUUUACAAGAUAUGAUAAAUUGCUGGACGAACAAAGCUCGAUACCGGGAUUCCAGCCGUUCGAAAAAAUGUCAAGUGGAAUGUAUUUAGGCGAAUUAGUUAGGUUGGUAAUUGUGGAUUACGUGAAGAAUUUUAAUUUAUUUGGAGGAGAGCUGCCUGGGGGAAUGGAAAUACAAUAUAGCAUAAAAGCUAUCCAAAUGUCUGAAAUCGAGAGUGAUCGGACUCCAGAAUUCACCGGGAUUUUAAAGCUUCUCACAAAAAAUUUCAAUUUUGAUAAGAUUCCUAGCAUCGAGGACAUGAAUAUUUUGAAAGAGAUUGUUAAAAUAUUCACAAGACGUUCUUCUCAACUUUUGGCGGCAGCAGUUGCAUCACUUAUAAAAUUUCAUUGUCCCGAAUUUCCAUCGGUCGAGAGAGAAAUCAGGACUGCCAUGGAUGGGUCGGUGUAUAAUCAUUUUCACAAGUACUCUUUUUGGAUGAACAAAGCCCUAAGGGACAUUCAACAAAAUAAAGAAAUUAAAAAGAUUAAAUUGGUUGGAAUUCCCGACGGUGGAUGUAUUGGUGCUGCCAUAACUGCCAUGUUGUAUUCGCAUUAG